ACGUUCAGGAGCAGCAAAUUCGAUCUCCUUGCCUCAUUUCUCUUCGCGACCUGCGAUAGCGAAGAACCGUCAGAUAACUCGCAGUAUUAUAUUCCGCGCCCUAAAACAUGCGCCACUGUCUGUCACGAGGCGGCUUUUUUCUCGUUUUUUUUUGUUCCGACUUUAUUGUUUCAGUUCCGCGUGAGGAUGCGACGCGUUAAUCGAGUGCGCCCUGGUGGAUUUUCGAGUGUGACAGUUCUGGUGCAGGGUAGAUUGUUUUGUGACUGAAUCGUGGGAAUUUUUUUUCGAAAAAAAAAAUGUGCAGCAAGGAGAUCAUCGGCGAGCUAGUGGAUAAGAUCCAUUCGGGUCUUCCAAAGUGCUCAGCCAGACUGCCAGACUGGGAUAGCUUCACAGAAAACCUGCCUCGAUUCCACAUACCAGCCAUGCCGGCCGUCAGACGCGGCUGGUGCGGCUGUUUUCAAGAUGAUGAACCGCCGGAAAUCACAUAUUGCGUGGUGGAUACCACUGGAACGCUGUCACUUCAGGCCAUCACACCUACACAGCCAAUGCCUUCUCAGGAGGAAUUGGAUUCUAAAUUUGCAGAAUUGGUGGAAGAACUUGAUCUUACCGCGCCAAAUAAAGCAGCCAUGCUCAGUUUGCCACCGCAGAAAAAAUGGCAGAUAUAUUGCUCAAGAAAAGGAGAAGAUACGGUGGACGAAGCUCAUGCCCCUGAACAUUACAUUGAAAGACUGCACACCCUAGCAAAAUUACAAUACCCCGAUCAGAAUGCCGAAGAAGAAAUAAGAGCAAGAACGAAACAAAUCGAUGGACUAAAAACAGCGUUGAGGACCUCAACGCAUAGUUUUGUGAUAAAAUUUAUAGAACUUAAUGGACUGCCUGCGCUCCUAGAGUGUUUAGAGAAAAUGGACUACUUCACUGCCCAAAGCACUGUUCACACGAGCAUUAUUGGAUGUGUGAAAGCUCUCAUGAACAAUUCGACUGGAAGAGCUCAUGUUUUGGCUCACCCGACUAGCAUCAACACCAUAGCCCAAUCCCUGAGUACAGAAAACAUGAAGACAAAAAUAGCAGUUUUGGAAAUACUCGGGGCUGUUUGCCUAGUCUCGGGUGGUCACAAGAAAGUUUUAGACGCGAUGCUACACUACCAAAAAUACGCCUACGAAAGAACGAGAUUCCAGGGCAUAAUCAAUGACCUGGACAGAUCCACCGGAAUCUAUAGAGACGACGUUAAUUUAAAAACCGCCAUCAUGUCCUUCGUCAACGCUGUCCUAAACUACGGCCAAGGUUCGGAGAACCUAGAAUUCAGGCUGCAUCUCCGAUACGAGUUCCUAAUGUUAGGAAUCCAGCCCAUCAUAGACAAACUGAGGAACCACGAGAACGAGACCCUGAACAGGCAUCUGGAUUUCUUCGAAAUGGUGAGGAAUGAAGACGAGAAGGAAUUGUCCAGGAAAUUCGAGCAGGAACACGUCGAAACUAAAAGUGCCACUACCAUGUUUGAUCUGUUGAGGAAAAAACUCAGUCAUACAGCUGCCUAUCCCCACUUCCUAUCGCUCCUUGAACACUGUUUAUUGUUACCGUUAGACUUAGGAUCACACCCUCAACAUUGGCUCCUGAUGGACAGGAUAGUGCAACAGAUUGUCCUCCAACAAACCGAGAUAGUGGAGGGACGUGAACUGCCUAAAGACCCUGACGUUCAAGCAAUCCAGAUUAACGUCAAAGAGAUUGUUCAUCUAUUAGCCAAAGAAGAAGAACUCGUGGCAGCGAGGACCAAAGCCGAGGAAUUAGAGCGCGAAAAUACAGAUCUAUCGAAUAGACUGGCGAAGAAAGAGCAAGAACUGGACCAUAGGACACAGGAGAAGGAAGACAUCGAGUCCAGUCUUGCCAGGAUCAAAGACAGGUUGGAGAAAGAGACGGCUACACACAUUGAAACGCGACAACGACUGAGCGAGAUGGAGUACCGAACUGCGGAACUGGAAAGGCAAGUCCUCUGCGAACGAGGAGAACGCCACAGACUCGAACAGCUAGUCACGACGGGCUCCAUAGCGGACGACGCCAAAUUAAAAGGACUCAAAGCGGUUUCCAUCGACAGUUCGUCUAGUUUCAAAUCGGAUAAACCUUGUCCUCCCCCACCGCCACCAGUAGCUCCGCCACCGCCUCCUCCAGGUCCUCCCGGACCUCCCCCACCUCCCUGUGCCAUGCCAGCGGCUCCCCCAGCCGAAAUUUUCAAGAUGGAGGUCGUGAAGAAGAAUGUGCCGCAACCAUCAAACCCGUUAAAGUCCUUCAACUGGUCCAAGAUACCGGAUACCAAGUUGGGUGGUACUAUCUGGAGUGAACUGGAUGACACCAAGCUUUACAACGCGAUGGAGUUGGACUCCAUCGACAAGUUGUUCUGUGCAUAUCAGAAAAAUGGCGUGACGAACGAAGGUUCAAUCGAGGACCUGCGCAACCUCGGAAAGAACAAGACCAAAGUGCUCUCAGUGAUCGACAGUAGAAGAGCCCAGAACUGCACGAUAUUGCUCUCCAAGCUCAAAAUGUCUGACGAUGAAAUAACCAAAGCGAUUUUGAGUAUGGACAGCAAGGAGCAGUUACCAAUCGACAUGGUGGAACAGCUGCUAAAAUUCACGCCCAGUUCCGAAGAAGCGGCUUUGUUGGAGGAACACAGUGACGAGAUUGACUCUCUAGCUAGAGCAGAUAGAUUCCUCUAUGAAAUAUCGAAAGUUGCACAUUACGAACAACGUCUGCGAUGCUUGCACUACAAGAAGAGGUUCCACAUAACGGUGAACGAGAUUUGUCCAAGGAUAAAGAAUGUCAUGGAGGCGUCUAGAGAGAUUUCCAGAUCUAGAAGACUGAGGAAAUUGUUGGAGAUCGUUUUGGCGCUCGGAAACUACAUGAACAGGGGAGCCAGAGGAAACGCUUCCGGAUUCAGAUUGGCCUCACUCAACAGAUUGGCUGACACAAAAUCCAGUGCUAGUAAAGGAACUACCCUGCUUCAUUAUCUCGUUGAUAUUUUAGAGAAAAAGUUCAGGGAUGUUCUAAAGAUCGACGAAGACAUUCCUCAUAUCCACGAGGCUGCGAAAGUCUCCCUAGGUGAGCUCAACAAAGACAUGGCUCAACUUAGAGCUGGUCUGAGAGAUGUUGCCAAAGAAAUCGAAUUCCAUCUGGGUCAGAGUCCCUUGGCUAACGACAAGUUCGUACCGGUUAUGAGAGAGUUUCAGGCCACAGCCACGUGUAGACUGGCUGAAAUUGAGGACCAAUACCAAGAUAUGAAGACUCGCUUCGAGAGGGCAGUCCGCCUGUUCGGAGAAGACCCCAACAACACCCAACCGGACGAAUUCUUUGGCGUUUUCGAUUCCUUCCUAACCUCCUUCACCGAGGCGCGGCACGACAACGAGAGCAUGAAGCGCAGACAGGAGGAGGAGGAAAAACGCGCCAAGCAAGAGGCAGAGCUGAAGAAACUGACGCUGGAGAGGAAGCACAGCCGGGAGGGCAUCCUGUCCAAGAUCAGCAAGACCAUGAGCAUCAAGAGCGGCGGCGACAGCAACCAGAAGGGCGAGUUCGACGAUCUUAUUUCCGCCCUGAGGACGGGCGACGUCUUCGGCGAGGACAUCGCGAAGUUCAAGAGGUCGAGGAAGAGCCGGUUAGGCACCGGAGGUUCCCCACCCCGAAGGAACUCCGGCACCAGAGAGGAUAGUAGAGAUAGGGUCAUCGCCAACGGCCGUUGUCAGUAAACUCAUCAAUUUGCGACAUGACUGAUUUUUUUCAGCUUAUUCGCGGUACAAACUCGAAAUUUAUUUUAAAUUCUUCAUUUCCUAAUUCGAUUUUUUCGGCCUACUAGACCCCUUCGCUGUCAUAAUCCUAAACCUGACGAUUAUCGAUGUGUUUAUCGUUCCAAUCGAAACUUUUGUUUAUAUGUAUAUUUUCUCCUAUACCUAUACUAUUUUAGUCAUUUUUAUUGGACCAACAUGGAUUUUUAGAUCACUGUAAUAAUUUUGUACAAUAUUUAAUUGUUAGUAUAUCGUUUGUAUUUUAUACGAAUCAAUAAUGAUCAUAUUGAAUGUUUGUAUGGUUAGAAUAGAUUUUAUGUACGUUUAUAUUGCAACGCUUUGAUAUAGAACUGAUUGCAACAGUGAAAUAUAUCAUUGUUAAUUUAUUUUAAA